AUCAGAAAGUCCCGGAACGCGGAAUAAGGAGCGGAUUUGGUGCGAAGCCCGGAGUCCGGAUCACGACACCUCGGGACGGGACGGAGCGAUGUCGGGUCGUGGCGCGGGCGGGUUCCCGCUGCCCCCACUGAGUCCAGGCGGCGGCGCCGUAGCUGCGGCCUUGGGGGCGCCGCCUCCCCCCACAGGACCCGGCAUGCUGCCCGGACCGACGCUUAGGGGACCAGGGCCGGCUGGAGGCGUGGGGGGCCCCGGAGCCGCCGCCUUCCGCCCCAUGGGGCCCGCGGGCCCGGCAGCGCCGUAUCAGCGGCCUGGCAUGUCUCCAGGGAGCCGGAUGCCCAUGGCUGGCUUGCAGGUGGGACCCCCCGGCGGCUCCCCAUUUGGCACAGUUGCUCCACUUCGACCUGGCAUGCCACCCACCAUGAUGGACCCAUUCCGAAAACGCCUGCUCGUGCCCCAGCCCCAGCCCCCGAUGCCUGCCCAGCGCCGAGGGCUAAAGAGGAGGAAGAUGGCGGAUAAGGUUCUACCUCAGCGAAUCCGGGAGCUUGUCCCUGAAUCUCAGGCGUACAUGGAUCUCUUGGCUUUUGAGCGGAAGUUGGACCAGACCAUUGCUCGAAAGCGGAUGGAGAUCCAGGAGGCCAUCAAAAAGCCACUGACGCAAAAGCGGAAACUUCGGAUCUACAUUUCCAAUACAUUCAGCCCCAGCAAGGCUGAUGCUGAUAGUGCAGGAAGUGCGGGCACCCCAGCGGGGACUCCAGCAGGGGACAAGGUGGCUUCUUGGGAACUCCGAGUGGAAGGCAAACUGCUAGAUGACCCUAGCAAACAGAAAAGGAAGUUUUCUUCGUUCUUUAAGAGCCUCGUCAUUGAGCUGGACAAGGAGCUGUACGGGCCUGACAACCACCUGGUGGAGUGGCACCGGAUGCCCACCACCCAGGAGACAGAUGGCUUCCAGGUGAAGCGCCCUGGGGACCUCAAUGUCAAGUGUACUCUCCUGCUCAUGUUGGAUCAUCAGCCUCCCCAGUACAAGUUGGACCCCCGGCUGGCAAGGUUGCUGGGAGUGCACACACAGACGAGGGCCGCCAUCAUGCAGGCCCUGUGGCUGUACAUCAAACACAACCAGCUACAGGAUGGGCACGAGCGCGAGUACAUCAACUGCAACCGCUACUUCCGCCAGAUCUUCAGUUGUGGCCGACUCCGUUUCUCCGAGAUUCCUAUGAAGCUGGCUGGGUUGCUGCAGCAUCCAGACCCCAUUGUCAUCAACCACGUUAUUAGUGUGGACCCUAAUGACCAGAAGAAAACUGCCUGCUAUGACAUUGAUGUGGAGGUGGACGACCCACUGAAGGCGCAAAUGAGCAAUUUUCUAGCCUCUACCACCAACCAGCAGGAGAUCGCCUCCCUUGAUGUCAAGAUCCAUGAGACCAUUGAGUCCAUCAACCAGCUAAAGACCCAGAGGGAUUUCAUGCUCAGCUUUAGCACUGACCCCCAGGACUUCAUCCAGGAAUGGCUCCGUUCCCAGCGCCGGGACCUCAAGAUCAUCACUGAUGUGAUUGGGAAUCCUGAGGAGGAGAGGCGGGCUGCGUUCUACCACCAGCCCUGGGCCCAGGAAGCAGUGGGGAGGCAUAUUUUUGCCAAGGUGCAGCAGCGCAGACAGGAAUUGGAACAGGUGCUGGGAAUCCGCCUGACCUAACUGCUCAGGGAGCUUCCUCUUGUUCCAGCUCUGGAGCCAUUCCUGCCUCAGCCUGGAAAGGGACCACCCUCUGGGUCCUGACUGGGGCAACCGACAUGUAGGCUAAGGAUGGGGUGAGGUGUGUCUCUUGUCACCCUCUAUCCCUCAGCUGUAGUUUCAUAAAUGUAGUGAUAGGAUUCCUUGUUGCUUGGGUCCCCAAAGCCUUAUUAAUACUUACUUUAUGCAUUGGCUUUAAUUGGGUUCAGUUCAUUAACAGAUGCCUCCUCUGCCUCCUGCAGGCAGGCCCAAGUAGGACUGUGGGAGGCUGUAAUGGGACAUUGUAACAGACGUUUCAGAACCAAAGGCUGCUGGGUUUGCAUGUUUACAGACUCCCCCUUGGGGCUCUGGGCAAGGAAGGGGGCACAGCCCAGACUCUUCCUAGCCUUCCGAAACCAAAGUUCUUUGCCAUUCCUAUGAACCCAGCC